GGCACUUACCCCACCAAUAAAUGGUUCAAUAGUCAGCAGCUCCAGAUUACCAUAUGGAGUGACUAUAUUGGCAUGCAAUGAUGGCUAUCAACUGACAGGAAAUAGUGCAACUGUAUGCAUGGCAAAUGGUGCUUGGUCAACCACAAUGCCGACAUGUACAAGAAUUCAAUGUCCUGCAAAUCCAACGUCUCCUGUAAAUGGCGCAGUGUCUAGUGGUGGUCGAAAUGCUUUCACGAUCAGAACAUACUCGUGCAGUACCGGAUAUCAACUAUCAGGAGCAACAACAACUGUCUGUCAAACAACUGGAGCAUGGUCUGGAACACCACCUACAUGCAAUCGUGUUGUGUGUGGCGGUCAAGUUGCACCUUCUAAUGGAGCUAUUGCUACCAUGUCUUUGGAGAUUAAUGGUGCAACUAUUUUCACCUGCAAUGCUGGAUACAAUGUAGUCGGCAGCAGUGCCUCUGUUUGUCUUCCAAAUGGAACUUGGUCGACAUCCCCACCAACUUGCCAGCUGAUACAAUGUCCUUCCAACCCGGUGUCUCCUACAAACGGCGCCGUGUCCAGUGGUGCUCGAGAUGCCUUCACGAACAGAACGUACUCGUGCAGUGCUGGAUAUCAACUUUCUGGCACAACAACAACUGUGUGUCAAACAACUGGAAUGUGGUCUGGAACACCACCAACAUGCUCUCGUCAGUAUAAUGUGAUAAUAUUGUCUUCAUUUAUGUUCAGAAAUUCGGAACGACGCUUCACGCAGCUUCAUUAUAGCAACUUGUAG